AAAAAAAUUAUUGAAACGAGUUCCAUAGAAAAUUUAACAAUUGUACGAAAGAUGAUUAAAAAUUUAAACUAUUGAAAUAUUGUGUAACGUCUUAUAACAUUUUCGUAAUAUAUAUUCUACAGUUUUCGUUAUUUCAUUAUCUCGUUAAUUGAAGAUUCAAAACGUUUGUCAUUCGUGAUGAUAAUGUUGUUUGGCACCUCAACUGCAAUUGGACAAGUGAUAACGAUAAUUACCAGCCAAGAUUAUUACACUUAGAUAUCUCGUAAUAGGAUUUUACCGAGAAUACGAGGGCAAAUUUGCUCAAGGAAGAAAAUGCACGAAGUUAGAUUACAUUCAUCCCCCAACACGAGAGCAGUUUUGCAAUCAUGGUUAGUUAACGAUUCGGAUUAACCAUCAACAUGAGUAUAGUAAUAAUUAAGAUUUCCACUUAAAUUGCGAAAAUAGACUCGCAAUAUUACAAUAUUCAGAAACAAAUCGAUCGUUCAAUUUUUUCCAAUUUGAAAAUUCACUCGAAAUCUCAAUUUAUAGUAUUUAUUUCUAAAAAUAUUAUUUCAUUAAAUUUCCAUUCAUCGUUCGACAACAAAUUUUUUCAUUGAACAAAUCUCGCUAAAUUUAUUAAUUUAAUUUCGAAGUUUUCGCACUGUUCCGCGCACGUGACUCGAACCGUGGCUGCCCAUACGAGCCAUCAGUAACCAACGUGCAUUUUAAAAAGUCGUACGAAACUUCGGAAAUUGGACAUUAUCCAAAAGGUGUGACGACUACAUCAUAGAGUUUUCCUCCAUGAAAGUUUCGAGGAGGUCAGGGCAAGGAUUUCGUAACUUGCCUCAGGGACCGUGUUGAAAACUUUUUGCUAUAGUUUUCUCUGUUCUCAAGAUUCUCGAAAAAGUCACCGUGCAUUUUUCUCUUCCCUGGUCAACUUCACCUUCUCGUCUUCUGAUCCUGUCUUUUUUUUUCAACGAUUUAUGCGCUUCGAUUCUUUUAGGUCGUGACACUUACCCCAUAUGUGUCUCUCAACUUCCCCUAUCUUCGUUUAUCUCUGAUUGUCUCGUGUAACACGAUGCACGUCGAAAAAUUGUAUCUUUUAAUCACAUUUAUAUAUAGUUUGUAUGAGAAUACUUAAUUUUAAUUUAAGCUUGCUGUCGUUUCAAUUUUCAACUUAUUUAAUAAAUUUACAAUUUGAAAUAAUUAACAGUACUUUUUUUCUUCACUCGUGUUGUCUAGUAAAUUAAUUCUAACAUCUAAAAUUGGAUUUGGUUCGACAUUAAAAAAAUUAUUCCAUUUUAAAGGAUGUAAUGCAAACACUUUUUAUAAAUAUGCGCGGGAAGAAACAACAGCAAACUAGAAAAAGAUUCUCAAGUAUUCAUUUUCCAAUCUCUCCAACAUCUCUCACCCCAAAAGGAAAUCACUUCCUUCGGAAAUUUAAACUCUUCGAUCUUCUAUUUACCUCCCCUUACGGAUGCAUAAUCAUCAUUUUUUUUUCGGCGUGCACCAAUCUCUGUCGUGAUCUAGUCUCUUCGUCUUGUCUGCUCCCCGUCAAAUCCUCGUCAUUGACGAGUGCCGCCUCAUCAAACGUAAAGCCCAUGAACGAUCCGUUGAGUCCAGGUACGAGCAACUGCUCAUGGACAUCCUGUAGAGAGGGUUGCACCAAGGAGCUGUACGAUUGCACGCAAAUACGCGUCAACUACAAGCUACCGACUAAUACGUCCGAGGAUAGCGAUGGACAGGGUGAGGGAGGCGGAGCGGUAGGAGGUGUCGAGGAUGACGAAGACAGCACGACGAUGGGAAAACCGCGUUAUGACCGCUCCCUAAGGGAGUACGAUUACGUCGAGGACCUUGACGAGGAUUUCGCCGAGGACGACGAAGCAGGACUGCCGAAACCCUUUCCUACAGGGCUCAUGGGCAACGACUCCGAGUGGUACUUCAUCGGGGCCAAGCUGUUCCCCAACGUAAAAGGCUGUGGAUACCCUCCAAUGCUGAAUUGCAGUAUUUUCUACCGGCAGUACGCCAUCAUAGGGCAGAACUUUAGCUGUUACUACUCGAAAGUGGACCCCGGGAUAGUCAUCAGCGACCUCGACAUGUGGCAGGUGUACAUGAAUCUGGUGUACGCGAUGGCGAUUCCGAUACCGUCUUUCAUAAUCUCGGUGAUAUAUCUCACCAUCGCCUACUUCAAGAUCUACAACGAAGACGAGGUGGUCCUCGUGGGCGGGGAGGAGGGCGAGGAGGGCGGGGAGGGCGAAGGGAGUAACGCGACACCCCUGCCACUGACGAGCGGCGCCCUUACGCCCGGCAGCGAGGCUUUCAGGGAAGACCUAGCGAGCUUUGGGCAUCAGCUGAAGGUCGCCAUGGCCGACGACAUCAGCAGGGAAAGCCUGGAUGGGAUACCAAACUCGUACUCCAUUCAGGGAAACUUGAGCAAGACGAUGACGACCAGUAUCUCGACUCCCCCUGGGCCGACGGCGGCAGUCUGAAGCGUCACUUUCAAGGUCUGAAUAACAUCUCCUGGAAACCGCAUUAAGCGGUGCCCCAAAGAACGGGAUCUCGAAAAGAAGAGAGAAAGAGAGAGAGAGAGAGAGAGAGAGAGAGAGAGAGACGAAAAGAAAAAUAAUUUUUCUUCAACAUAGCUUAUUCAAGUCAUCGACCGCGAAUAGAGCCAAUAUUCUCUCACCAAAAAAUGAAAGAACGAGAAUUAAAAGAAUAAUAGGAAAAAAAGAAGAAAAAGAAGAAGAAGAGGAAGAAGAAAUCGCAAACGUAGCUUCAGAUAUUUCCACGGAUACCACGGAGUGAACCAGUGGUGCACGAUGCUCAAAGAAUAAGAGUUUCGAAAGGAACGGGCGUCGAUUUGCGUCCAAUUAAAACAAAAUAAAAAAAAUAUAUAUAUAUUAUAAAAAAGAAUUUUAAAAAAGAAAGAAAAAUAGGAAUAAAAAAAAAAUUCAUCGGCGUUCUCUCCUCAAAAGCGUAUAAAAUUUACGGAUUUAACCAAUUUUGAUUCGUUGAUGAUUCAGGAUAAUGAUUCGUUCACGAAAAUAAUAAAGAGAAAGCGAGCGAGCGAGAGGGAGAGAGAGAGAGAGAGAGAGAGAGAAAGAAUGUUUUAAUAUUAUAAUAUAUGCCACAACGCUAUCGCAUAAUACUGUCCCACACCGUGUACGCGCUAAUUAAUUAUCCAAUAGAGAUAUAUAACGAUAUUUUGUGACAGACUUUUUUCUACUCGACAACCGCCCGUGGCCGCGAGAAACGGCGACCACCCCGGGCCCCGCUGAUCGAUUAAUCCGUCAGCACGGCCCGUGUUUUUAGUACGGUUCCCGAUCGUGGCCGGAAACCGAGGUCGAACGAUCGGCCGCUUGGCGAGGAUCCAGCGAGGAAACAUUACAUUUGGAUUCGUUGCCGAUACUCUUGCCGCGCCUCUUUUGGGUCUCGUCGUAUCGUAAAGGGCGCACUUUCCUGCAACCAUCAAAGAGAGAAAGAUGAAUUCCCUGAAUCCGAUCGAGGGAAAAAGAAACAACGUUUUCGAAACAGCAAUAUCCUCCUCUCCCUCCGAUUGUACGGAGAAUUGUACAAGAGAUUGUUGUAAAAUAAUCAUACACAUUCCUGAGAAAUAACCCUCUACGAACGAAGGAAACGAAUAAUAUUGUUUGAUUUUUCGUCGAGUUAAAUUUUGUGUUAUUAAUAGAAAGAAAUGUAUCUUUGAUCCUUUUGGAAGCACCCUCUACGGUGUCUCGAUACCCACGAUGUAACAGGCGAAUUUUCCUUCCGUGCGCGGUUUGUAUAAUUAUCCUCGUCGAAGAAGCCUGAAGUGGAAUACAAGAUGGAACGAGAGAGUCGUUUCCUAAGGGUUGAAACCGUUGAACCCGGUCGAUUCGAUCGCCAAGAGAAGCGAUAUAUGUAUGUAAUGGCCAUACACACGCGAUCCGCUCCUCCCGUGAUAGAAAUCGAGCGAAAGCAAUUCCUGCCCAUUUUUUCCGAUAAAGCACGUGCCCGGAAUCGAACACACACUUGGAUCCUUUUUGCACAAUUUCUGGCUGACUGGUUGGGUUAUUUAUUAUAGAAAAUAAAAAUAAAAAAAAAUAUAUACACACAUAUAUAUAUAUAUAUAUAUAUAUUAUUGAUCAAGAUUUGACGAGGGGUGAAGAGGAGGGCGAGGAGAACGCUGAAGAGGAGAGAAACCGAAAAAUUGCGCGAGAAAUUGGUGGACUAAACCCGAGUGGACUAAAAAAAAAGCUUAAAACGAGUAAAUUAAUGAAAAUUAAAGAGUACCCGUUAUCAAGUUAACAAGUAUUAUUAAGUUAAUCCGCUUGCUGUGUGUGAUCAUGACGCGCAUCCGAGAUACGCCACUCCACGUGCAUCGUAGAUGAAUCGAGAACCACACACACACACACACACACACACACACACAUACACUGUAUCGAUACACCUGUCUCUCUCUGUCACGUACACACAGACAUUAUUAAAAUACAUACAUACACAGGUUACGUGUACACGUCCGUCUCACUGUGGGAAUACACUUCGCUUCUUUUUCGAGAAUAUCCGACGUGAAAUUAUCCGCUUCGAGGGAAAGUGUGUUACUCACCCCACAUUUUCUUACAUCGAUAACCAGUAGAUAAUCUGCAUUUCUUUUGAGAAGCAUUAAUGGCGAAAAGAAAGCCGUUGAAAAUUUGAGCGAUCGAUAGGAGUUGAACAUGUCGAUUCGUACUAUUGAUUUGUCGGACUAUUAUCAGUUUGUACUACUGAACUUUACUCUUGCUGCUUCUUAGAGCGAUUGGAUUUUUUUGAUCGAUGAUUGGAUGAUUGUACAACCUGGAUAUAUAUAUUUUUUACGUUAUAAAAUGUUGAAUGUAUAUUUAAAAAGAGGAAAUUUAAAGAAAGGAUGAGAAUCCUAUCGAUUAAUAAUUUGUAUAAAAAUUCUUCGAUUAUUUUUGUAGAAUUUACAAUUCUUUUCUAUAUCUCUGUCCGGAUUGGAAAUUCUACAAAGGGAUUAUUGGUUAACUUCUUGAGAAAAUCGCUCAAGAAGGCUAUAUACGAUCGAAUCAAAAUAUUUUCCUUUAUAAGUUCCCACCAAAUCGAUGUUCAAAUCGAUGAAUGGAACAAUCUCAGCGAGGAAAUAAUAUCCUAUCGAAGCCCGAUAUCAAUAGUUCGACACAGAACACGAAUCACUCCUAUCCUGAGAUAUUGCUUAUUAUCACGAAUAUAUCUUUGUGCCAUGGAAAGAAUGCAAUUUCUUUUUUUUUUUUUUUUUUCUUUUAGGGGUGGAUCGGGUUACGUUUGUCACGAUAGGAAGGAACGAAAAGAGAUUUUGUUCCCGCUGGUUAUUAAAUUCCUGUUCUGUUAAAAUGAACAACAAAUAGCACAGGCAGACGCUGCACGCAACAUUUUUUUAAAAUAUAGAUUUUGCGGCUCGCGGCGAGCUCAAACGGGAAAUUCAUCCCUGUGAUUACGCAAAGGAAGCACAGGGUGUUACUUGCGCAGAUGGUGAAACAAGUAACAGUAGUUUUUUCGCGGCCUCGUUGCUGCGCGUGAAUCGAUACGAGUGGCGCAGGACAGGCGAACCUUCACCCCUGAAAUCGAUGGCAAAAAUUGAUGCUAAAAUAUAAUAUUUUCACACACCCCUUGAAUCUCGGCAUCUUCGAGUACUAAUUGUUGUAGUGAUUUUCGAUUAGUUCUAUUCGUUCCUUUGUGAAUUGUCUGUGAAUUUCUUAAUGUAAUAUCGUGGAAUAAUUUUUUUAAAGGAUUUUUCAAUAUUUAGAGGGUUAAUAAGUAUCAAUCAUUUUCAAGUAAUCGUGUAAACGAUUUGUUUUAUUGUUAGUCUAUACGUAUAUCUAGAAUAUUCUUAGACUUAUAAGUAAGAGUAUAAGCCUGUUGAAAGUGUUUUUUCAAUUAAUUUAUUCGGUUAAAUUAAUUUUCUCGCGAGAGAAAAUGUAACUUAUUCCGUGUUAUUUUUCAACUUAUCAUCUUAAUCAUAUCGCAUUAUUGUUAAGUAGAAUAUCGACCAAACAAUCGUAUUCCCUUAUUGAAAUUGAUUUUCCACGCCUUCGAAAUCACAAUCGCUGAUUUUUUAAAUCGGAUGAUUUCGAUCGAUAUUUAUAAUUGGACGAAAAAAAAAAAAAUAAAAAAGAAAAAGAAAGAAAGAAAGAAAUAGCGAAGCAUAUAGCGAAAAAUAUAUAUAUAUAUAAGAACAUUCUUUCUCGCCAAGGAGAAGACGAGAGACGAUUAUUAAUGGUGCUUGAUCCGAAAAAAUAUUUAAAAUAUCUGUAAUUAGGAAUAAAUAAUUUUCAACGUGUUCCGCAUAACCAUCGAAAUAUCUAUGAGAUGAUGAUCUCACGUGUGAUUCUCAUUCGACGCGACGUCAUUUUUGCAAAAUUUGUUCAACACGUGAAUACAUACAAAUACAUAUGUACAUGAACACAUAUUGUACAUGAAAAUUUGUUACACCCUAUCGAUUAACAUCUAUACACACACGUGUACACACAUACACAUACACAAACAUACGUAUCCACAGAAUAGACACGAAUAUAUACACUAAUAAUCUAUGGAAAGAAAUAAUAAUUGAAUUGUUUUUAUGGAUUAAGAACAAGUUGUCUGUGAUCUACAAUAAUUAAAAGAAUAUUUAAUAAGUAUUAACAUGGUAAAUGCAUAAUUGACAUGUCGAUAAUGUCGAACGAAUCGGUUUUAGGGAAUUAAUAAAUAAUAUUAGAGAAACAAAUUGAGAUGAUGAGGAGAGAAAGAGUGGAGGAAAUGGAAAAAAAAAGAAAAGAAAAGAAAAGAAAAGAAAUAAAUCGGAUAAUAUUUGGGGGGUUGAUCUCUCGCGUUAAUGGAUAGAGCAAUAUAUACGAAUGGAAGAGGAUGGGGAGAGAAAUCGAUAACGAAAAACGAUUAUCGCAUUAACGACGUCAUCACAAAGAAAUUCUAGAGAAGAGGUAUAUUAUAUAAAUACAUAUAUAUAUAUAUAAACAUUAAAUAAAGAGAAAACAUUAAAGAAAGAAAAAUAGAGAUUUAAAAAAAAAAAUGGAGCACGCCAUGUCUAAAUAAUAUAUAAUCGCUGCUGUUAAUCAGUAAUAAUUCGCGAUAUAUAAAGAGAAGAGGAAGGGGGAAACCAAUUUGUGCGUGCUGCGUUCGAAGUACCGAUUAAAAAAAAUACUAACACAAAAAAAUUAUAUAAAUAAAUAUAAUAAAAAAAAAUAAAUAAAUAAAUAAAUAUAUAUAUGGCACUUGACCGUCGCGGCUAAAAAAAGAAAAAAAAAAGUACAUAGGAUAGAUAGAUUUAUAGAAGCGCAAAAAGAAAAAAAAAAAACACCAAAAAUCGUUCCUUCCACCCGCUCCGGCCGUGUAUUUGAUUAUCGAUUUUAAAAUAUAUCGCAUCUCAUAUAAAAAAAAAAAGUCAAAGAAAAGCUCUGCGAACUUGUAAGCGCACCUCAGAAUGCAAUUAGCAUGCCGUUUUAACUAAAAAAAAAAAGAGAGAGAGAAAAAAAAGAGAGAGAGAGAGCGAGAAAAGAGAUACGGAGAGAUGUAUAAUCGAAUGGAAGCAAGUUGAAGGGAGAGAAGAAGAAAGGGGAGGAUAGGAGAUUUAAAAGAAUGAAUAAAAAAAAGAUUGAUAUAUAAAAAUGCCACAAUCACCGAGUAAUAAGUUGUUCAACGAGCGUUGCGAAAGAUGUUCGAGAUAAUUUUUGUACAGUUUUGGCACACAUGAGAACGUGCAACAUCGUCGUCUUUAUAUUUAUGUACAACAUUCAAUUAUUAUAAAUUUUCGAUAUUAUUACAAAAACUAUGAUCGAUUUCGUGUGAAAGUGUAUAUGGCUUUUUCUGCGGUUAACAAUAAAAUGUUGUCAAAGCUUUUUUCACGAGAUAUAUAUACAUACAUAUUUCACUCAAA